AUGGCGCCGGCGGCUUCUAAGGAGUUGCCGGUCCCCUUUGCCCGGGGAGUGGGGUUGGCCGUCUUCUUCCUCCUGCUUGCCUUGGUCGAGGGGGACGGAAAGUUAUUUGCCCUUGGACCCAGGAACAGCUCCCAGAAUCUGGAUUUAGCCAUGGCUCAGCAAUUAUGUGCCACUGUAGGAGCUCAUUUAGCCAGCGCAGAAGAACUGGGAAGAGCCGUCAGGGAUUGUUCCUUUGCUGUGUGCACCAGUGGUUGGCUAGCUGAUGGCUCUAUUGGGACAACUGUGUGCAACACAACAGGCAUCAAGCCACAAAGCAUGAAAGUUACUGAUGUUCACUUUGAAAUGGAACCUUUGCCCAGUGGCAGAUAUGAUGCUCUUUGUGUGAAGGUUGAAGGCCGGCCGUGUGGGGAUCCUCCAUCCUUCCCUCAUACCAUUCUUCAUGCUCACACUGGGUUUGAAAUGGGAGAUGAACUGCAUUAUGUCUGUGCCCCUGGAUAUGUUACGAGUAACAAAGACAUGACUUUUACUUUGCUGUGUCACACCUGUGGGGAAUGGUUUGGCCAAGUCCAGGCUUGUGUCAAAGAUGUAACUGAGAGACAUAUUGAUUAUGAAGAUAAUUUUCCUGAUGACCGAUCCAUGCCUAUUGAGGAACAUGAACAUAAUAUCAAGAACAAAGAGGAAAAAGAACAUGAACCUGAGCAAAUUCUAAAGGAUGGCAGCAAGAGUGAGUCUGAUGACAACAACCACAUUGGUGAGAAAACUAUGUAUAAUGAGCAGGGCACCAGAAUGAUAUAUGAAAGUGAGGACUUCCCCAUUGAACCCAUCAUUGUAAGUAAUGAUACAAAAGCAACAAAAAGCAUAGAUUCUAAUGUGGAUGACUCCUGGCUUGACGGUUACCCUGUUACUCAAGAAGCAGUUGAAGGACAGGAGGAAAAAACGGAUAAAAUGGAUGAAUCUAUUGGGACAGAAAAUGAUGCUACUACUAAUCCACCAAAUUUUGUAGAAGUUAGAAAAAUAAGUGCCAGCAGCCUGGAAAAGGAUUUUAUGCAGACUGGAACAGUUCCAUCAAGAACACAUGACAAGGUCAAAAAAAUACCAGUAAUGUUGCCAACAAUUGGUCUAGAGAAUGUGAGCAUAAGCAAAGGUUCUGAUGAUGACCUAACAAGACCAAUGGAACUAGCAUCUGUAACCACAGUCACUACUUUGAAUUUGGCCACCUGGGAAACUUCUACAAUGUUCCAACUUGUUGAUCACAUUUUAUUGCCAGAGGAAGAAGAAACCAUGGCUUCCCUAAUGCAAACUAUUACUACUGCAGCUUCUCAAAAUGCCUCUACUGAUACAAUAACAGAUGUUGAGACAGAAGCUCUGACCUAUGGACUAGAAGGAAAGCAUAUAACCACUUUUGAACCAUGUACAGGAAUAGAUUGUUCCAGCCCAUAUAAAAGCCUUAUGAUAGCCAUUGGGAUAACAGCUGUCUCCUUGCUUUUACUUGCCACAGUUUUGGCAGCCUGGUGCUUCAAGAAAAGGCAGCAGAAGAUCUCUGUGUAUAAACUAAAUGGAAAAGAUUAUACUAGGUACCAGUUGCAACAAAUGGAAAUGCAGAAGAUCUAGCUAGCAGUUUUUGCUCUUUGGAAGAAGUGGAAUAGUACAAAAGAAAGAAACUGAAUGAGGAAUAGAUUUUAAUGUCCACUUAAGAAAAUAAGAUAAAAAACUGUGUGCACGUCAGCAGGACUUGAAGUUAUCACAUUUAGCUACUUGUUUAUCAUUUAGCUACUUGUUUUAACCCUUUUCAAACUUUUCAGGACUAAUUAAGGGAACCAUAUUUUAUCAAUUGGUGACUGUAAAUUUCUGAUCUGUGCGAUCUGCAAACUCAUCGACAGGCUAACUUGACAAUUGCCACCUUUCACUACUGUGUGAUUUCUGUAGAGCAGAAUGGACUUCCAACAAAGAUUAAACAGUAUCUGGUUUUUCAUCUAUCCAUAAAAGCGAUUUUCACUUCUGUUGGUUAAAAACUUCGGUAAUUACAGGUUUCAAAGCAGAUCAGUAAAGCAGGAAAAACAAUCUGUGUGUGAGGUGGAAAUAAUUUAUUUGAAGAUUUACAUCUUUUUUUCCAAAGCAAGGAUCAAAUAACAUGGAUAGUAAUUACUUGCAUGUUUCAUUGAACUAUUGAAGUGCUAACCAUCAAGAGUUGUUUCCUCAGUGCCAUUCUUCA